AUGCUCCAGAUGCCACAGCAAGAUGGCGAAUCGAGAUGUAUACCAGUCCCUGGCUCUUCUGGCCCGUGCAAACAGAUACGCAUCGUAUACUCCGAAGGCACUGGAGCUUUCAGCUUAGCCGAUACGAAGAGAGCCGUGGGUCUCCAGGCUCUCUUAUCCCGCGAAGUGGACCAAGCGACAAACCUCAAGCUCAAACUGAGUCGAACGCAGAGGUUCGGGAUUGCUGCAGCGCUGACUUGGGCUGUUCUGUAUAUGGGCGAUUCGCCGUGGCUUGAAGAAGUUCUCAGCAGCGAAAACAUCCAUUUGUUUCUGGAAGAAGCGAAAGGACUAUCGUUACCACACAUUUCCAAACAUCCGUACCUUUCGUACGAUUUCCAGCGUUCCGCCAUACAUCCUGAUCUAGCUUUACAGACAGCCGCGCCCGCUGAUCAGUUCCAAGCCAGCCAGAUCCAAAGCCCCAUUCUAUAUAGCCUCGCUAUGCGCCUCAUUGAGCUAGGCGUCGGCAAAACCUUUGGAAGGCUUAGACAGGAAUAUCGCGGAGCCAACUCCAUGAACGCCGCUGCCACUGCUGUAUCUUCAAUCGAAGACUACAAGAUUGCUAAGGAACAGAUUGAGGAGCUCAUGCUAGACUCUGAGUCGUAUGCAUAUGCAGUGGACCGAUGCCUGAGGUUUCUGUUUCCGGGUCCUCCAGCGCGAAAUACAUUCGAAUAUGUCGUGUUUCGCAAGACGUUUUUCGACGAUGUUGUAGCACCCAUACAGGCAGUUUUUGACUAUAUGCCGACGUCAGACUCGGAACUCAGCCUAUGA